AUGAAUAAUUAAAAGCUCAUCAACAACACAUAUAUAACGAAAAAGAGAAUUUCUUCUGGUUCUUUUGGUGUCGUAUAUAUGGGACAAGAUAUCAAUACUCGGAAUUUUGUAGCAAUCAAGGUUGAUAAGGAAAACAAGGAAGACUCUAGUCUUCAAAGAGAAGUAAAAAUAAAAGUGUAUUAUCCUGUUAGGCAGACAUCCUGAGAAAACUGCAACACUUAAAACACAUUCCGAAACUUUAUUGGUCAGGACGGGAAGGAGAUUCAACAUACUUGGUGAUUCAAUAUUUGGGAAGAGAUUUGACCCAUUACAUUAAAAAUUAUCGAAAGUUUUCCUUAAAAUGUGUACUCAAUAUUGCAGAACAAAUGAUAAUAAUCUUAGAAAGUUUGCACAAACAGUAAAGAUAUUAGUUUUAUUUUGCAGCAACGUAAUUCAUAGAGAUAUCAAACCAGAAAAUAUAUUGGUUGGUAAAGAAGAUGAAGAAAAUCAACUGUUUAUUGUGGACUUUGGGAUUAGUAAGUUUUAUAAAGAUGAAAAUGAAUCCCAUAUGUAAGAAUCCCUUUUCUAUUCCUUAGAUCUCUAAGAGAGAGACAACCAUUUAUCGGAACCACUCGAUAUGCAAGUAUCAAUGCUCACAAAGGAUUAUCUUUAAGUAGAAGAGAUGACAUGGAAUCCUUAUGUUACAUGUUGAUCUACCUAUUAAAAGGUAUUGAUUUAUGCACUAAAAUGCUAGGUUAGCUUCCAUGGCAAAAUCUUCAGUUUACUUCGGAGGAGGAUAAAAUAAAUUAAGUUGGCCAAUUAAAAAUAAAAAUAGACACUAAUGAAUUAUGCUAAGGAUUGCCUAUUGAAUUUGCCAGGUACUUGGAUUAUGUUAAAGGAUUGCCAUUUAAGUCAGAACCAAAUUAUAAAUAUUGUUUGUCAUUGUUCAGAAAAAUAUCAAACGAACAUAAUUACCUUUCAAAAGAACUCAUUUUUGAUUGGAUAAUAUCUCAGAAAACUGAUAGAGAAGGAUAAUCAUCAAGCAGUAAUCUCCUUAAUAGCAAACCCUCGUUGUAAAUUAUAUAAUUCAAAACUCAUAGGUUUAAGAAAUCCAAAGAAGAUCUUUCUUCCUCUAACAAUCUUUUAGGUUCAUAAUUAAAUCAAUCAAUGGAGUAAGACAUGAACUCCUUACUCAAAAUGCCUGAUAAAAAGAGAUCUACUCUUACACCUGAAAUAAAUCGCAAAAAAAACAGAUUAUAAUCUAUCAGUAGUAAUAAUGAUACAGUUUCUGACAAUGAUUUCAAUAACAGCGUGUUGAUUGGAAUUCAACCUAGUAUCUUGAGCAGACUAAGUAGAAUAUCUUUUAAUUCAAACUCAAAGUUUUAGAAUAGUAAGUCCAAUCAAUCAUGUACUCCAAAUACUAAUCAACUUGAUCAUCUCAUUUCUAUUUCUCCUGAUUCCAAUUUGGAAAACCUAUUAAAUGAAUAGAAAAAAAGAUCCAACCUGAGUCAAUCCUUCAAUCAAAUGCUGAAAGAUGAUGAUACUACUAUUGAAUUCUAGAAGAUGAAUGAAGGAGAUGAAGGAAUUGAGAGGAAAUACGUAGAGCUUAAACUUCGCUUUGUUAGGGCGUAUGUAAAUUUUAUUUAUUAUGUAGUCGCUUUAAACCUGGACUCAACAAUAACCUAAAAUAAUGA